CUGUGUUAUAUAAAGUAUACCUACCUAGGCAGAGCUUAGCUUCCGCUAGAGUGUCAAACAAGAGCCUCGUACUCAUACUCAUACUGUCUGUGUCUGUCCUCGCCCACGUUUGAUUACUGCCUAAACAUUCGCAAUAGGUACCUAUCUAUCUAUCUUUGAAACACCACCAAUCAAUCCUCAUCCACCAUGGCACCUCCAAGACCCAUUUCCGAGCUUGCGACCAUCAUCGAGCGCAACGCGCGUAGUCUCGAAGAUGGGCUGAAAGGGACCGCUGAAGCCGACUUCUCCGUUGCUUUCGGAGCUGAGCUACAAGCCCACAUGUCGCCCUCCCUCGAGGCUGCCCGCAGCGAGCUACUCGAGACAGUCGACGAACUGCGUGUCCGCGUAGCAGGGCCAUUGGGGUAUUUGAUUCCCACUCUACUAGCAGCCCCUACCCUGCUAGGCGUCUUCAGCACGUUAUACAUGUUUGACAUCGCUUCCCACGUUCCUCUCUCGGAAGGCGGGGAGAUCUCAUACAGGGACCUUGCAUCACGAUGCGGCAUCCCAGAAGACGAGACACGCCGUCUGGUCCAAGCCGCCAUCGCCUUCCACGUGUUCGAGGAGGCGAAGCCAAACGUGUCCGUGAAGCACAACGCCCUGUCGUCCGCACUAGCCGCCACCCAGAUCAAAGAAAUAGCAGGCUUCCUCGUCGAGGAGCAGGCCUUGAGUUUUGGCAAGCUCGCCGAGAGUAUGAGGCGGUACCCGGGCAGCGGCGAGCCAGGACAUGCUGCGGCGGUGUUGGCGGCUAGGGAGCAGAUCGCCAUCAAGCAGACUGGGGUCAACGAGGAGGAUGUCCCGGACCCGAGCAAGACGUACUUUGAGUACAUGGCGGAUGACCCCGAGAGGGUUGCCCGCUUCCGUUCUAUCAUGGGCUUCACGACGAAAAUAGCAGGCUUCAAAGCAACGUACUUUAUCGACAGUGUGCCUUGGGCAGACAAGAGUCAGUGUCCGGAAACCAUUGCGGAUGUUGGUGGGGCUGGUGGUGAACUGUGCCAGCAGAUACUUCGGCGAUUUCCCAACAUCAAGAAAGCGACAAUAUUAGACCUGCCGGAGGUUAUCGCUGACGUCAAAGCCCCUGAGGAUCUUGAGGGCAGAUUGGGCUUUUUGAGCUACAACUUCUUCGCCCAGAAGGUGACGCACCAAGCGGAUGCAUAUAUCUUCCGCCACAUCUUCCACGACUGGAGCGACAAGUACUGUGCCAAGAUUCUGAGGAACUUGGUGCCGGCGCUUAAGAAGGGGACCAGGAUAUGGAUCUCCGACACAAAUGUGCCCGACUUGAGUGAAGGCAGUCACAUGAAAGAUCAGUUCACGAGGAGUAUGGACAUGUUCAUGAUGUCCGGGUUCAAUGCAAAGGAGAGAAAUAGGGAGGGAUGGGAAGGGAUGCUAGCGGGUGCAGACGAGAGAUUCAGCAUUGUCAGCAUUGUUUCGCCUAAGGGUGGGCAGGACUCAGUUAUCGAGGUUGUCUUCGAUGCCUGAGUAUGUAUGUUGAAGAAUGAUUGAAGGUGUAAGUUGGAGUGAUUGGAAUGUGAAAGAGGUUCAAGUGUGAUGUCUUGGUGUGAUACCUAAUAAUAGACGGGCUUAGUUACACGAGCAUGCAUAAUUACCCCACCCCCACUUCUUCCCUUAUCGAUAAAUACUAGUUUCGUAUCCCUUCGAGACCCAACACCGGGCUUUUU